UGGUGGUCUACCGGCAUUUCAGUCGUCCAUAGGGAGGCGGUAGCUCGCACUCCUCUAUUUAUUUAUUUAUUGUAGUUUAAUUUGCAGUUGACGGAACGAAUCAUGCUCGCCCUGUGCCUUUACGUCCCCAUCUCCAACUCCGACCCGGUGGAAGUGGACUACUUCGAGUCCAACGGGCUUCCCACCGAGCUCAAUUCGCUCUUCAGCAAACUGAGCGUGGUCCUGCCGUCUCAGGAGUUUUCCACCUAUCAACGAUGGCGAAAAAAAACCCUAAGGAGGGAGCCCGACGUGUCUGACGACCAGCUGGACUUUGAGGAGUUUGUGCACUACCUGCACGACUAUGAGAAAGACCUGAAGCUGGUGGUCAAGAGUCUGGACAGGAGAAAUGCAGGCCGAGUGGACACAAAGGAGUUCAUCCAGGCUCUCCAGGACAUCAGCGUGCACGUUUCACAUCAUCUUGCCGAGAAAGCCCUUAAGAGUAUGGACAAGAACGGCAUUAUAACCAUCAGCAGUAAAGAAUGGAGCAAGUACUCCAUGGUGGAGGAGACGGAGAGCAUUCCUGAGAUCAUCCUAUAUUGGAAGCGCUCUACGAUCUUCGACGUGGGCGAGAACCUGAUGGUCCCUGAUGACUUCAGCAACGAGGAGAAGCAAAGCGGCAUGUGGUGGCGGCACCUGGUGGCAGGAGGCGGGGCUGGUGCCGUAUCCAGGACGUGCACGGCACCUCUGGACCGUGUCAAAGUCAUGAUGCAGGUGUACGGCUCCAGAAGCAACAACAUGUGCAUCAUGAGCGGCCUGACGCAGAUGGUCAAAGAGGGCGGCGUGCGCUCACUAUGGCGAGGGAACGGCGUCAACAUAAUCAAGAUCGCGCCCGAGUCGGCCCUCAAGUUCAUGGCGUAUGAGCAGAUCAAACACUUGAUCGGCAGUGACAAGCAGACGCUGAACAUCUCUGAGCGCUUCGUGGCCGGAUCGCUGGCCGGGGUUAUCGCCCAGAGCGCCAUCUACCCCAUGGAGGUGCUGAAAACACGGCUGGCUCUGAGAAAGACAGGCCAGUACGCUGGCAUCUCCGACUGUGCCAAGCAGAUCUUCCGGCGAGAAGGCCUGGCGGCGUUCUACAGGGGUUACAUGCCCAACAUGCUGGGUAUCAUUCCCUACGCCGGCAUCGACCUGGCCGUGUAUGAGACCUUGAAGAACAGCUACCUGCAGCAGUACGGCACCGCCAGCGACCCUGGCAUCUUGGUGCUGCUGGCGUGCGGCACAGUGUCCAGCACCUGCGGCCAGCUCGCCAGCUACCCGCUUGCUCUUGUGAGGACGCGCAUGCAAGCGCAAGCUGCAACAGGCAGCGGCCAGCAGGCAACCAUGACUGCGCUCUUCCAUCAGAUCCUGCGGGCCGAGGGUCCGACUGGCCUCUACCGGGGCCUGGCGCCCAACUUCCUGAAGGUCAUCCCCGCCGUCAGCAUCAGCUACGUGGUGUAUGAGCACAUGAAGACGCAGCUGGGCGUCACCUCGCGCUGACCACCAAUCACCCAACACCCACUCUCCUUCCUGCCAGGGAAUCCCACCUUCUCAAAGGGGGGUUCGUGAAGCUCGAUCUCAUUCUGUGAAUGUCAUCAGACGAAAGAGGAGGUCGUCCGUCUUGGACCGCUGCUAUAUGUUAUUACAGUUGCAUAAGCGACUGCAACUUGAGGACCAAAUAUUUGUGGACUGUUGGAAGGCGCGAUUGUAUUCGAGUUUUUGGGCAGAUUGCUCUCUGUUGCCACACACUAUUUAUUUCCAUCUGCUAUUUAUUGGUUUUAUAUCCAGCGGGAUGUAAACUAUUCGUUGUGUGUUCAAGAGCCAAAUUGUGCUUCUUAAACAGCAGCCUUAAUGAAUAGUGAGACACUAUCAGGGUGUUGGACUUAUGACUGUGGUUAAUUUGCAAACAAAAUGGUCCUAAUGUUCACUACAGGUUAAGGGAGUAGGCACACGUAAGUGUUAGGACUUUUUUUUUUUUUUUUGUGGUGUAUCAAGGGCUUUGAAAAGGAAAAAAAAAAAUUAGUAACUCAUUGCACUUUAAACCUUGCUGGAAAAGCCUCUGUCACAGCAGUCCAGGUAUUACAGAGGUUAGGUUUUUUUGUUUUUGUUUUUUGUUUUUUAAGUAUUUUAAAGACAGGUUUUCAUACAAAUAAAUGCAAAUUUGUUUUUAAAAAAUUUGCCCCUCGUCCUUGAGUCCUGCUGCUUAAACACUCACGAUAGCACCUCUUAAUAAAACAACCUCCCAAAGCUCACUUGCAUAACUUCCUACUACAAAAGUCAUGAAAAUUAACCCCCAGGAUUGAUUAAAAGACAGUGGUGCCUUGACUUAUGAGUUUAACCUCUUCUCUGACCAUUCUUGUAACUCAAAACACUCAGCACUCCCCACUGAAAUGUAAUGCCAUUAAAUAAACCUAUAAGACUUGGAAAAGGCGUGACAUUGCUCCGCAAACACAUUUUUCUUUUCUUGCCGUUAAAACAUAAUUUUUAUUUUAGUUUCAUGUGGUUACCAGGAGCAAAACUAAAGCAGACGUCAAGCCAGCCUCCCACUUACUGACAAUUUGUUUCUACUGUACUCGGCAAUACAGAGUGUUGCGAAGUUAUCACGCAACUAUUCCAGUUCUGGGAGAUACUAGAUCAGAGAUGUCAAAUUAAUUUUAGUUUGCGGGCCACAUUCACCCCGAUUUGAUUUUAAGUGGGCUGAACAAGUAUACGGAUGGUGUAAUAAGUUAUGAAUAACAACUAAUCCAUAUUUUUCCAUUGUCUGCAAAUAAUUACACUUACUCAUUGUGUUGCUAAUCAUAUUAGCAAGCUGAAAUUUCUUAAAAACGAUUGCAAUUUCAGCAGUAUUGAAUAUUUUUUUUCAUAUAGAUGUGCUUACAGAACAAAAUGGCUCUAUAUGUACAAUUUAUAAAACAAUUUGUUAAGCUCUAGAAAUCAUUUUCAAUUCCCAAAUUCCUGCAUCUAAUAAUCUUGACAACCUCAACUGACUCGUCAUAACACCAUAAAAACUCAAGUUGAAACUAUUCUGAAAGAGCAAUAAGUUAUCUGCCUCCCUUUUAAAUGUACACAUAAAAUACAAGUUGUGACAGUGCAUGAAAAAAAAAAACAGUUGCACCAACCAACCCCUUUUGAACUGAUGCUGUUGAUUGACAUUUUGGAAUAUUUGUAUGAAAACAUUUCUAUAUACAGUAUUAUUUCAUUUUAACAGAACUGUAGAGCAAAGGUGUCACAGCAUUUAAUAUGAAGUAGGCUUUCUUUCCUACUGAAACUCGCCAGUGCAUCGAUAUCAGAUGUCAAAUCGUGAGUAGCAGUUAAUGUCAGAAUGUCAUUGAAGUGAUUGUUAGUCCACCCUCCAGUAGACAAAAUUAACUAUUAUUUACAUUUGACACAUCUGUCUUAUAUUGUCAGUAAAUACAGCAGUCCCUCAUUUAUCAUGAUUUUUGCCACUUGGGGGUCACCAUCCUCACGUUCUACACUGCAGUAUGAAUGUGUGUGGGUUCAAAAGGCAGGGACUGGCCUGUUGAGUGACGUGGUCGGUGGGAGUCAGCAAAUAAGAGUGUACAGUUAGCGGACUGUUAACUGGCUAACAGUUACCCACGAGUCUGCGUGUUUUGAGUGCCUCUGGGUUACCGUCUGCUCAAUAAAGCCAU